GUUUAAUCUCAGCAGCCGCUUCCGUCCCUCCAGGCAGGGAGGACCACUGGGCUCUAGCGCUCUGGCGGGGGGCGAGCCGGCGGGUCGGGGGAGGGCGGGUCGCUCUGGGUGGGGCCUCCCGGCCUUAGAAGCCUCCCAGGCUGGCGAGAACUUUGCUGUAUGUCUGCCCGGAGUUAAGACCAAGCGAGCUUCAAGUUCUCCUUGAGAGUUCGCGAAAGUUCGAGGUCCAAUUUGGAGGGACUGAGGACUGCGACGAAAAGUGAGCAGUAAGCGGACUGGCUGGCCUUCGACCGCCCCACGCAGGCUACCGGUGCCUUGGAGCCCGCCCCUCCUGAUCUCUCUCUCGGGGCGUUCCGGUCCCUCUGCACUCGCGACCCAAAGGCGCGGCGGCGCGAACCAUGGCUGCGCUAUGCUGCGCGAGGAUGCGGUGGGCGCUGCUGGGGACGCGAGUGGCACGCUCUGGCCUCGGCCCACAAGGAGCCAGAGCCAAGGCCACCAUCCCUGCCGCCCUCCCGGAGGCCCAGGCAGCCGAGGCUCCCGGAACCGGGCCUGGCGAUCGGAGGCUGCGGAGCCUGGAGCAGCUUCCAGGGCCAGGGCAGCUGCGCGCCUUGUUCCAGAUGUUAGGGCAAGGCUACGUUCUGUACUCGCACGAGCUCCAGGUGCUGAACAAGGCCAAGUAUGGUCCAAUAUGGAUAACUCACCUAGGGCUUCGAAGCUACAUUAACCUGGCCAGUGCCCCGCUCCUGGAGCAAGUGAUGCGGCAAGAGGGCAAGUACCCAGUACGUGACUACAUGGAACUGUGGAAGGCGCACCGGGAUCUGCAUGGGCUGGCCUAUGGGCCCUUCACCACGGAAGGAGAGUCCUGGUACCGGCUGCGCCAGGCUCUGAACCAGCGGCUACUGAAGCCAACUGAGGCUGCGCUCUACACGGAUGCUCUGAACGAGGUGAUCGAUGACUUCAUGGUUCGACUGAGCCAGUUGCGGGCGGAGAGUGCCUCGGGGGACCAGGUGCCUGACAUCGCUCACCAUUUCUACCACUUUGCCUUGGAAGCUAUUUCCUACAUCCUGUUUGAGAAACGUAUUGGCUGCUUGGAGCGCUCCAUCCCCCAGGACACCAGGACCUUCAUCAGAUCUAUCGAUCUCAUGUUCAAGAACUCAGUCUAUAGCACCAUCCUCCCCAAGUGGACCCGUUCUGUGCUCCCUUUCUGGAAGCGAUACCUGGAUGGCUGGAACACCAUCUUCUCUUUUGGGAAGAAGCUGAUUGAUCAGAAACUCGAGGAAAUAGAGGCCCAGCUGCAGACAGGGGGCCCAGAUGGGGUCCAGAUAUCUGGCUACCUGCAUUUCCUGCUGACCAGCGGACAGCUCAGUCCUCAUGAGGCCAUGGGCAGCCUGCCUGAGCUGCUCCUGGCUGGAGUAGACACGGUGGGUGAGGGGGGCCAGCGAGGAGACCAGGGACUCCCAGCUCCCAUCCUGAACCAAUUCCCCAUUAUCCCCCACCUGAGCCUGAUCUUCGUCCCUCCAGAAAUCCCUCCUCACUUCGUCUCUCACUCGACCUCCCAGACAUCCAACACGCUGACGUGGGCCCUGUACCACCUUUCAAAGCACCCAGAGAUCCAGGCGGCCUUGCACAAGGAGGUGAUGGGCGUGGUGCCAGCUGGGCAGGUGCCUCAGCACAAGGACUUUGCUCACAUGCCCCUGCUCAAAGCUGUACUUAAGGAGACCCUGCGCCUCUACCCUGUGGUCCCCGUGAACUCCCGGGUCAUCACGGAAAAGGAAAUUGAAGUUGGUGGCUUCUUCUUCCCCAAGAAUACCCAGUUUGUGCUGUGCCACUAUGUGGCGUCCCGGGACCCUAGCAUCUUCCCUGAGCCGGAGAGCUUCCGGCCUGAACGCUGGCUGAGGAAGAGCCAGACUGAUACCCUCAGGGUCCAACACCCGUUUGGCUCUGUGCCCUUCGGCUAUGGGGUCCGAGCUUGCCUGGGCCGCAGGAUCGCAGAGCUGGAGAUGCAGCUGCUGCUGACAAGGCUGAUCCAGCAGUACGAGGUGGCCCUGGCCCCUGAGACGGGGGAGGUGAAGAGCAUGGCCCGCGUCGUCCUGGUUCCCAGUAAGAAGGUGGGCCUGCGUUUCCUGCAGAGACAGUGCUGAGCUGGCCCCCUCCUCUCCCUCCCUGGCACAGAAAUUCCUGGCUACUGCUGUGUCUCAGAUGAGGAGAGAGAGAAAGGGGCUGCCAGAUGCCAAAGGCUGGAGCACAGAACACUGAGCUCCUGCAACUUUUAUCAUGUUGAGUGUCUCCUUCUUAGAUAAAAGGCCAUCCCCUUGUCACAUUGCUAUGCUUGAGGAAAAUAUAGAAUAAAGGGGCUUUUAUUGAUGACUGGA